AUGGAUACCGCGCUCGGCUACAUGAUCGCGACGUGGGAUCGACUCUGCAGCACCUCCCCCAUUCUUAGCGCCAGCCGCCCCCCCCUUUCCCCCGCUCUAAGCUCCAGCCGUCCCCCGCCCUCCGCUAUACGCACCAACCGGCCCCCUCCUUUCCCCGCUCCUCCGCCUGCUGCGCAAUUCGCCGACUCUCGUCGAGUGAGCCACUUGCCCGUAGUCAAUACCAGAGCAGCCACCCCACCCACUUACCCUCCUCUGCCCCUCUUCCUCUUUCUACUGCACCAGAGCAGCAACAAGGCUCUGCUGGCCGUUCAGGCGGAGGAGGAGGGAGAGAGGCGUGGAGGAGGAGAUCCUGCAGUGUUGCCCACCAAGCCUCCUGCCAAGCCUGCAUCCUUACCAGCAGUGCCAGUGGCCAAGCCUGCAGUAUUCCCUACCAAGCCAGUUGCCGAGCCUGCAAGGUUCCCUGCCGCACCCGCUGCCCUCCCUACAGUGCCAGCUGCCGCGCCUGCAGCAGUGCCGACCAAGCCAGCUGCCGAACCAGAUGAGUUGCCGACCAAUCCAGCUUCCGAGCCUGCAAGCCUCCCAGCAGAGCCUGCCACCUUUCCUGCAGUGCCAGCAGUGGAGCCUGCAACGGUGCUGACCAAGCCUGCUACCGAGUCUGCCACCUUCCCUGCAGUUCCCACCGCCGAGCCUGUAGUGUUGGAUACCAAGCCUGCUGCCGAGCUUGCAAGAUUCCCCGCGGAUCCUGCUGCCUUCCCUGCGGUGCCGAUUGACGAACCUGUAAGGUUGGCUGCCAAGCCCGCUGCCGAGCCUGCGAGGUUCCCUGCGGAACCUGCCACCUUCCCUGCAGUGCCCACUGCCGAGCCCGCAGCGCUGCCCACCAAACCUGCUCCCGAACCUGCAAGGCUCCCCACCGAACCUGCUGCCUUCCCUGCAGUGCCUACAGCCGACCCAGCAACACUACCCACCAAGCCUGCUGCCGAACCUGCAGCCUUCCCUGCAGAGUCUGCCACACUUCCCGCUGCCCUCCCCGCACCAAAAACAGCUCCGGCCACAUCCGAAACUAACCCAGCAGGAGUCACACUGAGGCUUGGCGAGCCUCCGAAACUGGCACGGGCGCCUGCCGAGCCUGUGUUGGCACCCGCACCAGCGGCCAAAUCAGUCGAGGCAGUGAGGGGGGUUGAGGAGAAGGAGGCGCUGGUGCAGGGGUUGCGAGGGAGGAUAGCUGGGGGUGAGGAGGGCUGCAGGGCUAUGCCUUGUGCUCUGAUCUUGUAG